CCCUCAACUACGAAAAUGGUGAAUCCUACAACAAAGUCUUCCACACCCCAGCCAUAUACUACAUCAAUACGAGGUAUCAUCGAACGACAGACCACCGACACAAAUUCCAACACCGCACCAAGAAAAACUACCCGCCGGCGACACACAACCGACCCCAGUCGACGGACGACGAAAAUUCCGACGACGAAUAUCGCAGACUCGACUGCCUCGCUGAAAUUAUCGUCUGCGGCUCUUGAUCCAACUGUGACAAACACAAGUGGACGCAAUUCCAUAGGCUUUAGUCGAAUAAGUACAACUGAAGUUGUAGAGACGACCACAACGCCCGUCUCUACCACCCCGCUCGACCCUACCCGAAUGAUUCCCGACACAUAUGUCUGGAACCAAAGGAACAGACACAUCUACCCCAACCCACGGACAGAACCCACACGAUGUCGAAGGACCGGCCCUUCUUGGGUCUGCGAUCCUAGUGGAUUGUUCACUACUGAGCAAGUUGACGAACUAGACGACAUCUUGACAUCGACUUCAUUGCAAAGUGAAUGUCCCUGUAACGAACACUGUCAUCACCGUACCUACGGGUUUGUGGUCACACUGGCCAUUCACUACCGAUACGACCCCCAUCCGAACCAGACGGCGCCGUUCACGCGCCACCUGCGGAAUGCCGAGCUGAGUGCAGGCACGUGUGGAGAGGACACGGUAGUGAGCUACGACUUCAGCAGGAAAAUGCUCAACAUCUCAACUGGCUUAGUGGCCUUCCAGACCCUGACAGACCAGCUCUCGGACACACUCAUGGCUCCGUACCUGGCAGAUCUCACAAGUCUGGACGCGGAGAGAAAUUUCAUCGGUAUAAAGGGAUUCUUAACAAUAGUCAAGACGGUGUUUAUCGGUACCUACAACCCUCCAGAAAUGACAAAUUUAGAGCGCCUUUUCAUCGCUAUCGGCGGGACUGUGGGGUUCCUGGUCGUCUGUUCUCUCUUCUUCUGUCUUAUUCUCGGUACCAGGGCCUUUUGGGGCCGCGGUAAGAAAAAGAACUCAUCAUCGUUCGACUUCGACGACGAAGAGGACAAAUAUUAUGACCCUAAAGUCGAGGGAACCUACAUUCCAUUCUACCACUUCAUUCCAGAAGGAAUAGUAGGAAAUAAGAAAAGAAUGGGGAUUUUAGAAAUGAACAGCAAGAUGAAGCAGACCAAACGUACCCGGGUCAUCUCGACUGAGGAGGACGAUCCGGAGGUGUACGAUGACUUUGACCGCUUCGCGAAGGUCGGUCGGGCCGCCAGGAUGUGGAAGAGGCGCGCUCGGAAUGCGCGGAAACCCCCGCCACAGCCUCCGCCGCCGCCA